AUGGUGCCCCCAACACUUAGUGCCAUGUUAGACCGUAUUCGCAAACAGUUAGGGAGUCGAAGGCUCACUACUACUGCGAAGAAUGCUGUCCGGUGGUUCUGCUACUUUCGUGGGUAUCAACGCAUGUACACAACGCGUACUUGUUGCUGUGAAUACGGCUGCGUGCUCAGUGCUGAGAGUUACAAUUAUAACGGCAGCAGCAAUGGGGACGUGAAUAAUGGGUGGUGGGUGGUGGAUAUAGGAGUGGAGGAGGAUGCGAAGGAUAAGGUGAAUGAGGUAGAGGCGUUGGAAGAGAAGGAGGAUGAGGAUGGCGACGUGUGCAAGGCAAAGUCAGAAAAGUGCAUUUAG